AUGAGCAGUGGCUACAGUAGCUUGGAGGAUGACUCCGAAGAGUACUUUUUCACGGCCAGGACGUCGUUCUUCAGGAAACCUUCCGGAAAAGUCACGGAAAGCAAGGAUGUGGAGAAGGACAGAGAGCUGCGGACAGAGAUUAGUCGAGAGGAAAUUGGACAGAGGAUCGAACUGUACAACUCUCUGACCAAAGAUCAUCUGAAAAUGACACUAGGCCGCUCCGAUGUGUACACAGGUUUUAUUAAAGUCCAGAUGGAGCUGCGAAGGCCUGUGACAGUACGAGGGGGACACAGGGGUCCAGAGGGAGAAGCGUUUUAUCUUCCCCGCGGAGCUUCUAAGACUCUGCACGUCAGCUCCAGUAACACUGUCAAAGAGGUCAUCGUGGCUCUGCUAAACAAGUUCACAGUGGCAGACAACCCAGCCAAAUACGCACUGUACAAGCGCUACCGCAGAGAGGAGCAAGUGUAUGUAUGUAAGCUGGGUGACACGGAGAAGCCCCUGUUUCUGCGUUUGGUAGCAGGACCAGACCUCGACACUCUUGGCUUUGUACUCAAGGAGCAGCAAACGGGAGAAGUCAUGUGGGAUGCCUUUUCUAUUCCUGAACUUCGCAACUUUCUUCGGAUUCUGGAUAAAGAGGAGGAUGAACAGAGGGAAGCUGUGAAGCGACGCUACAACAUUUACAGACAGAGACUAGAGGAGGCGCUGCUGCACGUCCGGACGCUUUAA